UAUUGGAAAUAUCAAUCAAACAGGCCAAUUUGUUUACUUCCUGUCCCCAGUGACUGCAUAAAUUAUUUCAAAAUAUCAUUAUUUGCAAUGUUUUUCAUCACAUAGACUUGUCGACUGACUGUAUACGUCAGGAAAGAAUACUUUUCUUUCAGGUUGAACAGAGUUUAGUAUCAGCACAAAGUUAUGGAUUGUGAUGAAAAGAAGUAUGCAGGAAGUCUUUCUGGCAGUGAUGGAGUUCAUGAAACUAGCUUCAACACAGCAUCGGAAGGGGCAGGAAGUGAUCCUAGCGAUCGUAGUUUGAUGCACGACUAUAGGGAAGAUGAGGAACCAGUCCGGUCCAGUCGAUCUAUGCCUGUACCGGAACAUCUUCAGAAGCGGCCACCUACAGACAUUGAAGCACCCCCACCAUCUUAUGAUGAAGCCAUAGCUCCUCCUACAGCAACAGCAAGACAAGCAGAAGGUGAGGAGGAUUCAUUGACCCCUGAUGAAAUAGCCGUGAUAAUGAGGUCACGAGAAGAUGUCAAUACAGCUGGUGUUCAUGACACUUCAGCUGCCAAUGCUGAAGAUGAUUUGUCUCCGGAUCAGCAGGACAUGUACAAUCAAAGACAAAGAGAUCGCAAUAAUUAUCUCCCUUCUGCCGAGAGACGUCAAAGUUUUGAGGAGGCCAUGGAAAUGGAUUCAGGAUCCGUUGUUAAGGUUAAAGUUUGAAUAUUCAGUCAAUAAACUUGCUGUAUUUAAUACAUUUUCUGUCUUGUAAUGUAACAAAUUGUAAUACACAUAAAAUCUACUUGUUCUGUGUGUUUUGAAAU